GAGGACUGCGUGCUGGCAACCAUGCCCCGGGGCAGUGUCCUUCUCUACCCCUCUGCGACCGUCCACGGGGCAUCCGCCAACCGCACCGAUGGUUUCCGGGAUGUGUGCCUCUUCGCCUACUCGCCGGCUUGGGUCCGCCAAGAAGAAAACAUGUACCUGACUACACCACCCGCGGUGGCUGUGAAGCUGCCCCCC